AUGUCUUCACCACCUUCAUUCCUCGGCUUCAGAGGCCACGCUCUGCGGGUUGCCCAGAUUGCCUUGGUUGUAGCUCCGGGAUUUACUCUCUUUGGUUAUAAUCAAGCUGGCGUUGGACCACUUGCCACUCUUCCCAGCUUUGUCGAGACUUUUCCUUCGAUCGAUACCAUCUAUACCUCUGGCUCUCAAGAAGCCGUCAACUCGACGCGGAAGGGUGCCGUCAUAGCAUCGUUCCAGAUUGGAGCCUUAAUAGGAGCCUUUUCUUGUCUUUUCUUAGGGGACGUCCUCGGUCGCAGGAAAAAUAUCUUCUUGGCCGCAAUCCUCACCAUUAUCGGACAGGUUCUUCAAGUCGCUUCCUACAAUGUCAUCCAGUUCGUAGUGGGGCGUGUUAUUCUUGGUAUUGGUGUUGGCCAGAUCAGCGUAUCCAUUCCAGUAUGGCAAGCAGAGUGUUCGUCCGCCGCACAUCGGGGAAGAGACGUCAUCACGGCCGGUAUUUUUAUGUGCGUGGGAUACGCUCUUUGCAAUUGGAUUGACUUUGGAUUCUACUUCAUAAAGAACUCGACCCUGAGCUGGCGCUUACCUUUGGCCGUUUCUUUCAUCCUCUCGCUCGCAGUCGCCAUCUUCAUCUUUUUCCUGCCAGAGUCUCCACGUUGGCUAGUCCGGGCCCACAAGGUCUCAAAGGCUACGAGGGCCUUGGCCGCUUUGAAGGACCUGCCGGAAGACCACCCAGCUAUUCGAACCGAGAUUGCCCAGAUAGAGUCAUCACUCGAGACUGUGGGAGCCAAGAACACGUCACUUUUGAGAAUGUUCUCCAAAGAUGACGACGAGAGGCUAUUCUAUCGCUUUUGUUUGUGCAUAGCACUGCAAUUCUUUCAGCAAAUGUGUGGUGGAAACCUCAUCUCCGUCUACGCUUCAACCAUUUUCCAACAGAACCUCAAGCUCGGGACUUCGUUGUCGAAAAUACUAGCUGCCUGCGCAUUAACAUGGAAGGCAAUGUGUUGUUUUGUCGCGUUUUUUGCGAUUGAUAGACUCGGCCGUCGUACUGUGUUCAUGAUAAGUGGUGCAGGCAUGAGCCUUUGCAUGUGUUGUCUGGCAAUCAGUACCAGUUUCCCAACCACCAACCAUUCUGCAUCCAUUGCCUCGGCAUUCUUUAUCUUCCUGUUUAAUGCGUUCUACCCCUUUGGCUUCUUGGGCGGUAACUUUCUCUACUGCACCGAAGUAGCUCCUGUGCAUCUCCGUGUCAGUAUGAACAGUAUAAGUACCGCCAACCACUGGCUCUGGAACUUUGUUGUCACCAUGGUUACACCUGUAGCCCUGGAUACUAUAUGUUUCAGGUACUAUAUAAUGUACGCGAUAAUCUCCGCACUGAUUCCCAUCUCUGUCUUCUUCUUCUAUCCAGAGACGAUGAACCGCAACCUUGAGCUAUUGAACAAUGUCUUCAAGGACGCCUCGUCGCCAUGGGACAUUGUUGCCAUGGCUCGAAAGCUACCUCAGGGCGAGGUGGUGGACGGCGACAGUGACGAGAGCGGAGGCAAACAUGCCCCGGAACACAAAGAGAAUGCCUGA